UUAGAAGGGGUGGGGUCCUGAACAUGGCGGACCUCAGCAGUCCUGGCAGCGAUCCCACGAUACGCACGCUCUUGCGGCGCGUGCUGGAUACAGCGGAUUCGCGCACUCCGAGGCGACGCCGGAGCACUCACACAAGUGCACAAAGAAGACAGUCUCAAACACCGUACUCUACGAGGCAGGGUAGCCAAACAAAGACAAGUGCCAGGAGGCAUUCCAAUGGAGCUAGGUCAGUUGGCAGAUUGGCCCAAGUUCAAGGCCGUGGGCACCUGGAGGAGCAGACACCCCGGACCCUGCUGAAGAAUAUCUUACUAACUGCCCCAGAAUCUUCCACUGUGAUGCCAGACCCUGUGGUGAAGCCAGCACAAGUACCAGAAGUGGCCCGGUCAUCUAGACGGGAAAGCAGUCGGGGAAGCCUGGAGCUACAACUUCCUGAACUGGAACCCCCCUCAACCCUGGCUCAGGGUCUAAAAGCCCCUGGCAAAAGGAGGCAAAAGCUGAGAUUGUCAGUAUUCCAGCAGGAAGUGAACCAGGGCUUGCCUCGCUCCCAAGAGCCAUGUGGGACACGUGGGAAUGCUGAUGUUUCGUCCUUGGCCAGCUCCUUCAACCUCAGCUUUGUCCCCCCUGGUCAGCCACAGACAUUGGAGAGACCUGGUCUGGCUCGAAGACGUCCCAUACGCCGACCUGUGAAUGUCGGUGCUCUUUUGCAGGAUCUGGAAGAUAAUUCCAUAACCUCUGCUCUUCCAGGUGACAGUCAUAGAACACCUGUGGCUGCUCUGCCAAUGGAUGUAGUGUUGGAAGACACACAGCCGUUCUCACAGCCCUUGGAUGGCUGUCCCCUUAGUGUGAAUCGCUCUCUGCCCAAUCCUUUUCACACUGCGGUUGAAGAUGCUGAAAGAGUUGUGGGCCCUGGGACGCCAAGCACUGGAACCAGGCUGCAGAACCGGAUGAGCAGAAUUGGCUUUGGUGCCUCUCCUUUGCCCUUUUCGGAGCCACAGCCUCAGCCUCCAGAACUAAGAGAAGCCAUGGGAUCCAGUGAAGCUGUGGAGCCCAAGGAUGGAGAAGGAUCUUCAGGGGAUGAGGAGACCUCUGGUAGCCCAGCAAGUCAAGAAUUAUCCUCCAGUACCCAUGACUUACACCCAGAGCAACAGCCACAUCAGUUAUGUGAACCACGCCCAUCACCUGGAGUUGCAGUCUUAUCUUCAGAGCCCCUGGAGUCUGUGCCAGCCAAGCUUCCAUCCAGGACCCGAACUGCAGGUCCUAGGCACCACCAAGACCCCUACAAGGCUGGACUGAGCCACUAUAUAAAGCUCUUCAGCUUCUAUACUAAGAUGCCUGUGGAGAAGAAGGCUCUUGAGAUAGUAGAGAAGUGCCUAGACAAGUAUUUCCGGCACCUUUGCAAUGACCUGGAGGUAUUUGCUGCUCACGCUGGCCGUAAGACUGUGAAGCCAAAGGACUUAGAGCUGCUGAUGCGACGGCAGGGACUGGUCACUGACCGAGUCUCGUUGCAUGUGCUUGUGGAGCGGUACCUGCCCUUGGAGUACCGGCAACAGCUUAUCCCCUGUGCAUUCAGUGGCAAUUCUGUCUUCCCUGCACAGUAGGGCCAGGUCUUACCUGGCACCUCCCUACCUUGGACAUCUUGAGCCCUACAGAAUCAUCAUGGCCUCCUCAUCUCGUAACACCAAUAAAGUCUCGCAAAUGG